UUGCUGAUACCUCACAACAGACGAAACUGAAGCAAUCGGUGAAAUGCGCGCAAUGCGCAUCCAAAAGCUGUUGCGCACUGAAUCUAGAAACCUUUAUUGUUCUUAUAGGUGAUGCACUGCACGGACAAGACCAGAGUGAUUUCCAUUAAUCCCACCCACGAGUGUGGAGCUAUGACAAUAUUACACCAGCUGGACCUGAAGCCUGAGAAGUUUUACGCGCAGAUGCUGCACGAGAACAUGGACACAACAUUUUACGCACGUUUAUUUACACAGAUUUGGAAAUACAUGAAAAGUAAUUUGUAUUUGGUAAGUUAAUAACUAUUAAUAUAUUCUGUAUAAUGGAAAUCUCAGGUAAUUCUGAAGUCUGGAACACAUUUUAUUUCAUUGCAAUACUCCUUAAACAGUUAAUUCACCGAGGAAUGAAGUGAAGUUGUUUCUUUCUUCACAAUGGAAUCAGAUGAACCACUUGGUGUGAGGAAUCAGGUGAACAUCUCAGCUGCUUUUGCCAAUAUAUCACCAACAAUAGCAGGACCCGACCGGCACGCGCCCGCGUCCUCUUACGAUAUGCUAAUAACAUCCAUACUCGGCACAAUUUUGACCCUUAUGUGUUUGGUUGGCGUUGUUGGAAACGUUUACACUCUGGUUAUUAUGAACACCUCUGUGCGCGUAACUGGAUCGAUGUAUGUCUACAUUGUGAACUUGGCUCUGGCGGAUCUGCUCUACCUCUCCACCAUCCCGUUCGUGGUGUGGACGUAUUUUGCGAAGGACUGGUACUUUGGCGACAUCGGGUGCCGCGUCCUGUUCAGCCUGGAUUUCGUCACCAUGCACGCGAGCAUCUUCAUCUUGACCGUCAUGUGCACGGAGCGCUAUCUGGCUGUCGUGAACCCGCUAGACACCUUCGGCCGGUCCCGGCGCUACAGGCGCGCGGUCACCUGCCUCGUGUGGCUCUUUUCUUUCGUCCUGGCUCUACCAACCAUGAUCAUGAUCGACCUCAAAAAAGACGUACAGAAUGGAGUAGAGAAGCGCAUGUGCCACCCGACCUGGCAGAUGACCGCGUACAAGGUGUAUCUGACCGUUCUGUUCAACACCUGCAUCUUGGCUCCUGGAUUAAUCAUCGGUUAUCUCUAUCUGAAGUUAGCCCGCACCUACUGGCUAUCGCAAACCUCUGUAUUCCCAUCCAGAGACAUGAAGAAGUGUCCUAAGCAAAAGGUGUUAUAUAUGAUCUUCAGUAUAGUUCUGACCUAUUGGGCGUGUUUCUUGCCCUUCUGGUUGUGGCAGUUGCUCAGCAUCUAUUAUUACGCGCACGGGAGGCUCUCGAGCAGCACGGUGGUGUACAUUAACUUUGUUGUGACUUGUUUGGCGUACAGUAACAGUUGUAUCAACCCUUUCUUGUACACUUUAUUAACGAGGAAUUAUCAGGAAUAUGUGCGAGACAGACAAAAAAACAGCACAAAGUUUAAGAACAGGUUCAGACUGUCAUCUCAAAGGUCUGUGUCUUCUGGGAGUCAACAGUUCUCGAAUACUUUGACCAAUACGCACGCUAAUGACAUUCUGGAUGCUUAUAGCAAAUUGUGAGAAUAUUUCUUAGUGUGGUGAAAGGAAGGAUUUUAAGGGCCGCUCAUUUUCAACUACUUUUACUUACAUAACCAAACAGACGAACAUCAGCCACAGAGAACUACAGCAAAAUACAAUGUUGUGUUUGUUUGAAUCUAUACAAACAAAAUAACAUCAGUAUCAAUUAUUCUUAUCUUUUUUUUUUUUUUUUUUUUUU